AUGGCUGAAUGUGGUCUUCCUCCGGAACUGGGCUUACACUUACUGGAAUGUCCAAUCUGCCUGGAGCGUCUUCAACAGCCCAAGUCCUUACCCUGUCUCCACUCCUUCUGUCAGGAUUGCCUAGGUACCUAUAUCACCAAAGAACUCUCAGGGAAGAUGGCGUCGUCAACAUCAUUCACCUGUCCAGUUUGUAGGAGGAUGACCCCUUUGGUCAAUCAGGCCCAAACCAAGGACAAAUGGGCAGAACAAUUUCCGACUAUUUCGGUGACAAAGGACCUUAUCCAGCUAAGGGAAAGUUCGUCUGAACCAUUGUAUUGCAAACCCUGCCAGACAAAAGAAAUCGCACUGCAGAGUAUCUCCGACCUGCGUAAAAAGGUCGAUACACGACUAGACAAGCUUCAGAAAGACAUCACCGACGAGUUGAUUAUCGUGUUCAAAGAAGAGAAAAGAGAAAUGGAGGCAUCAUUACUGCAGUGUGAACGUCUGAUGAAUGGUAUGCUUAAUACCCUGAAGUCGUCCAUUUAA